AUGCCGCCGCGAAGUGUCGAGCGACCCAUCACCACAUGUCGUGGCUGCAGGCGGUUGAAGGCGAGAUGUGAUCGAGCGAGGCCCCGGUGCCAGAGGUGUCAGGACUCAGGCAUCGCAUGCGUAUAUGAAGAUCAGACACGCCCGGCGUUCCAGUUUGUCGAUGAAAGUCCGAUCACGCCUGAACGUACUCCUCAAGAUGCACAGCAUGAACCUCCAACCGGAGAGGCUCCAGCCUUCAUCGCCGUCUCCUCAGACCGCCUUGCAGCUAUCGAAGCUCGUGUCCACGGACUGAGCCAAACUGCCAGAGAGCUGAACGCCAGCAGGAGUGUAGCAGUAUCAACACCGGGAGCUUCUAGGGCUGACUUUGGUGACGUCCAGCCUUCGAAGUCUUCCGAAGGCCAUCUCUCUCCACAGCCUGGAGGUGGUGUGCGUUAUGUUGAGCGAACAUUUUGGAUGUCCUUUUGUAGCGACAUUGCCGAGCUCGAUGGUCUUCUCGCCAGUCAAGCACGCUAUUCUGCCGUGCCCGAGGAAGAUGACGAAGAUGAGGAUGAUGAGGACGAUGAAGAUGAUGCGAAUGAUACCGACGACCUCGAGCGUGAAGGACCAGAAGACACGACUAGACCGAUAUCACCAUGGAAGGAUUCGUUACCAUCAAGAUCAGGAGGACCAUAUUCCAGCGUAAUGAGCUACAUUGCUGCGCCGCCGCCCGCCUGGUCUUUCAAGCAGCAAGCCACUACACGAGCAGUACCCCUCAACAACGACUUCUACCGGCGGCUUCCUCCGAAAGCAGUGUGCGAUGCUCUCUGGACCGCCUAUUUUGAAGGAUAUCACCCAAUCGCACCCCUUGUCCACAUGCCGAGCAUCACUGAGAAGUAUAACCAGUUCUGGAGGACGGCAGGCAGCGACGAGAGUAGGAGCGAAAGGUCCAUGCCCUUCGUCUCUUUGAUGAUGGCGAUCCUGUACGCUGGAUCAGUCGCCUGUCCGCAAAUAGUAGCCGGCCUCGAAGAUGAUACUGGACCGGAAGGAUUCUCUACUAAUCUACAUCAACUAGCUAUGAAAGCUGUGCGGUUGUCCAACUUUCCAAGAACGCCCAACCUAGAGUCCUUCACAGCAUACAUCAUCUGCCAGGCGACGUGGAUGAGGGAGGAAGAACCACUCGUUUGCGUCGCUUUUGUCGGGCUGGCUCUUCGGGUGGCUCAUAUGCUUGGACUGCACAAAGAUCCCUCCAACUUCCCUUCAAUCGAGCCCACUGAAGCAGAGACAAGACGGCGAGUCUGGUGGCACCUCGUCCACAUUGACGUGAGUUUAGCGAUUGCUGCCGGAUUGCCGCCUUUGGUGGACUUGGACGCUUCAGACGUGAGUGGCAUCUCUGAACUGCGAGACGAGCUGAUUGGGAGCCCCGAGGGUGCGAAGUACGAACUGGGCAUACAGCGAGACACAAGUGGCGGGGCAGCAAUGGAGGACCCAAUGAUCUCCUCGUCUGCCAGAGCUCCAAUUUCAACUAUAGGCAUUCUGGUCGCUGGUAAGCUCAGGUACUCUGUUACCGUCCGCAACAUCAUCAUUCGACUCUACAAAGAAGGUCCGCGUUCCGUUCAAGAUGUCGAGGCUAUCCAAGUAGCGAUACGCUCCCUCAACGACGACCUCACUGAUCGCGUUGCAAGGAUACCGAAGCCAGCUCCCUAUCACGACAGCAACGCUCCGGCUGAUCUCUUCUAUGACAACAACCCCGCCUUGAACGACUGGGCCACAUUGCUGCUCUCAGCCUUUUCAGAUCAAAUCUACUGCCUCCUUUGCCACCCAAUCCUCGAACCGCCAUUCACAUUGAUAUGGCCAGAUCUAGCUAUCCAAAAGACCCAAUCCUUCCUCACCAAAAGCGCCCAGCUAGCAUGCAUCUCCACCUUCUCCAAGUUCCAAUGGAGCCGACCAGGGAAUCACCAGCCCCUCCACGCCAUCACCGUCCUCCUCGUCGACCUCCUCCGCAACCCACACAGUCCCCUCUCGCCUUCCUCCCGCCGCAUCGUCGACGUAACCUUCGCCCUCUGCGGCCCCUCCGGCGGUGUCGUCGCCAGCUCCACUUCUCGAACCGCGACCGUCGCCCGACCCCUCACCGAAGGCGGGCGCGAAGCCUGGGAGGCCCUUUCUCGACUAAGAAGGAAGGCUUGGGGGAGGUGCGGUUGGGACGCGGAUGAGGUGUGGACAAGAGAGAGGGCGAUUGAAUACUGCGAGAGUCUAGAGCGGGGAGGUGAGACUGAGGUGGUGGGUUUGGGGAGUGAGGUGCGAGGAUUUGAGGGAGUUGAUAUGGAUUUGGAUUGGGCGGAUUUGGAUGCAAUGUUGCAGUAUUAG